CUGCAGGGAGCUGCUGAAGAGCCGCAUGGUCCAUCCCUGGAUUCUCCAAGCACUGACUGCCCAUCCACUCUGACCACAGCUGGGGCCACAUCCCACUGCCUGCCCAGCGUCCAUCCAUGGAUGUGACCACCGUGUCCCCCCCCACCAGCUCGCCCACUGAAGGAGAUCAUCUGUGUGAGAUUCAUGUCACUGAUGUGGCCAUCCACAGUGUGACACUGCUCAUCUGCCUCUGUGGGCUGGCCGGGAACGGGGCUGUCAUCUGGGUACUCGGGUUCCGCAUCCACAGGGACACCAUGAAACUCAUCACUGCCUACAUCCUUGACCUGGCCAUCAUCAACUUCCUCUUCCUCAUCUUCAUGGCCCUCUCCUCUCUAUUCUUCCUGCUGGAGGAUUUCUCCUGCUCCUCCAUCAUGUCCCCAGCAUACAUAAACUUCCUUUUCCUCCUCUUUGUGAUGCUCUACAGCGUAGGGCUGUUCCGGCUGACAGCCAUCAGCAUCGAGAGGUGCAGGUCCAUGCUCUGCCCACAUGGGCUCUUCUGCCACCUUCCCCAGGGCCUCUCAUGGGGGGUGGUGAGUGCCAUGCUCUGGGGCCUUUCCAUCACUGUCAUCGCUGCCAUUUCUGCGGUGACGUCCCUCUGCGAGUCACAGGGACACAAGCACUGCCAGUGGGCUCUCAUCUGCCUGUACAUCCUCAGCUUCCUCAUCUUUGCUCCGUCCGUGGUCAUUUCCAGCACAAUCCUCUUCAUUCAUUUCAAGGGUCGCUCCCAGCUGCAGCAAUUCAAGAAGCUUGAUAUCAUUGUCUUCCUCGCUGUGCUCUUCACUCUCCCCCUCAGUCUCUGGAAUUUCCUGCAGCAGCUUGGCUACAGCACUGUGUCCCACCAGGUUGUUCUCCUGUUUGCCUGCAUGCACAGCAGCAUCAACCCCUUCAUCUACAUCUCAGUAACAAAGUGCUGUAGGCGCUGCUCCAUGGAGUCCCUCAGGGAGCACCUCCAGAAGGUCUUUGAGGAGCCAGAAGAAAGCAGUGCCCCCAGGAAUGAUGCCACCAGGGACACGGGGGUCUGAGCCUGUUGAACCCUUCCCCUGCCCCCAUGCAGGGCCAUGGGGCAGUGACUCAGGAUCACCCUGCCACCUUUAUUCCUGCAGGAGAAGGGAGCAGGGGCACUGACAAGGGCCAUGUGGGAGGGAUGCUCUGCAGGAAGCACAUGGCAGCAUGGCUGUGCUCCUCCCUCACGGGUUCUAGAGCAAUAUUCACCAAACGGAUCCUUCCCAACAUGGCUGUGAUCCCAAAAUUCCCCCUGGCACCUGGUUCCUGCAUCCCACUGAGGUC